ACUUUAUAAGAGCCAAAAGAAUCAACACAAGCCAGGAGACAUGGACUUAGCUUCCAAUAAGAACACAACAGCUAACUCUAAUGAUAUAGAUCCAACCGUAAAACCUAAGUCGCCUAGACCAAACAACAUACAAGCCUCUUCAUUUUCGCUUAAACUAGGAGACAAUGUUCCAAGGAACCCUCAUUUUGAUCUCAAGAAGAUGGAUCCUCUCGUCAGACAUCAACCCUCAAAGUCUCUUGAACCUCCUUCCUCAGCCAGAGGAACCAACGAGAGUGAUAGCUUAGAAGCCAAGAAAAAUGCUCUUAAAAAUCUUUAUUAUGAUCCCAAGAAGAUUGUUCCUUUAACAACACCUGAAACACAAUCCCCAAGCGCCAGAGCUCAUAACCACCACAGCAAAAACUCUCCAGACAGCAAGAGAGCCCCCAGACAGAAUGGAGAUUAUGGCUAUGGUGAUAACUCGGUGGGCCCAUCAGUUACACCUUUCAAGCCUCACACGGGAGGAGACGUGAGGUGGGAGGCUAUCAACUCAGUCACUUCAAGAGGUCCUCAAAUAGGUCUAGACAGCUUCAGGCUUCUGAAACGUCUAGGGUAUGGGGACAUAGGCAGUGUCUAUCUCGCUGACCUACAAGGGACCAAUGCGGUUUUCGCCAUGAAGGUGAUGGAUAAGGCUUCGUUGAUUAGUAGAAAUAAGUUGCUUAGGGCUCAGACAGAAAGAGAGAUCCUAUCUCUGCUUGAUCAUCCCUUCUUGCCGACGUUAUAUUCUUACUUCGAGACUGAGAAGUUCUACUGCUUGGUCAUGGAGUUCUGCAGCGGGGGGAAUCUCCAUUCUCUUAGACAGAAGCAGCCCAACAGGCGUUUCACUGAAGAAGCUGCAAGGUUCUACACUUCUGAAGUGUUGUUGGCGUUGGAGUAUCUACACAUGCUGGGGGUUGUGUACAGAGACUUGAAGCCAGAGAACAUCCUAGUCCGUGACGAAGGCCACAUAAUGCUUUCCGACUUCGACCUCUCCCUCCGUUGCACCUUCAACCCCACACUCGUCAAGUCCACCUCAGUCUGCAGCACUGGAAAUGCCAUCCUCAACGAAGAGUUCGCCGUCAACGGCUGCAUGCAUCCCGCAGCCUUCCUCCCACGCCUCCUCCCUUCCAAGAAAACCCGUAAAGCCAAAUCCGACUCCGGCCUAGGCGGCCUCUCCAUGCCAGAGCUGAUGGCAGAGCCAACGGACGUGCGUUCAAUGUCCUUUGUGGGUACACACGAGUACCUAGCUCCAGAGAUCAUACGCGGAGAGGGACACGGGAGUGCUGUGGACUGGUGGACGUUCGGGAUCUUCCUAUACGAGCUCUUACACGGGAUGACACCGUUCAAAGGUCAGGGCAACAGAGCCACGCUACAAAACGUGGUGGGCAAGCCACUGAAGUUCCCUGACACCCCUCACGUGAGCUCGGCGGCGCGUGAUCUCAUCCGCGGCCUGUUAGCGAAAGAUCCUCAUAGAAGAAUCGCUUACACGAGGGGAGCUACGGAGAUAAAGCAGCAUCCUUUCUUUGAAGGUGUGAACUGGGCUCUGGUGCGUAGCGCCUCUCCGCCUCAUAUUCCUGACCCUGUUGACUUGGGACCGUUGACCGCUGCGAGAGGGAAGUCCAAGGGAUAUGGAGGUGGUGGUGAUCAGUAUAACUCAGCUAAGCAUGAUGCUCAGGUUGCUUGUGCUGCUGGUCCCGCCACUCCAACUGAUGAUACUGCUUAUGUAGACUUCGAGUACUUUUAG